UUUCAACUCCGACCUUGAAGCAGAACUCAGUUUAAUAAAAAAUCGUGAAGGUGUGAUGCGCCUGAUUAGAAAAAACUGCAGUCUUGCUAAUAUUGUGAUUCUUGAAGCUGUUAUUGAGCACUUUGAGAUUGAUGAUGCUCAGAAAUACAUUGAUGAUUACAAGAGGGAAAUGAAAGAAUUUUGUUGUAAUUUAUCAGUUGAUCUGUGCUUGAAUGAGCCAUUUGAUGUAGUUAGGGCCAGUCCUCCUCUUAAAUGUGAAACAGCUACUUAUGUACUGGGAUGGGAAGCUACUGAGCAUAAGCUAAAGGAUGUUACGGAUAUUGUAUCAAAAUCUUCUGGUAGAUUUGUGAAGCUGGUCGACAUCAAAAGCACUCAAUCCAUCACCAUCACUUGCUCAUUCCCUCACUCUCUCACUGGAGCUCUCAUUAUAAAAUUGAGUGAGAAUCUUGAAUCAUUAAUAAAGAACCGUCUAAUGAAGCUUACUGUUGGAUACUGCACAAUAUGGAGGAAGCAAAAGAUACAAGAAAUACAGGAACCACUGGAAGAGGAGGUACAGGAGAUAAAGGAACAACCUCAUGAUACAAAGGAAGAGAGAGUAGCAAGACUGGAGGAGAAAGAAACAGAAGGAGCAACACCUCAAUCAGUAAUUAAUCAAGAUAUACUAUCAACUGAUACAAAAGAAACAUUAACAAGUAAGUAUAAUAAAACUUUAUAA